ACUACAUACUCUAAUCUAGCACAAAAUUCCUUGUCGGACAACGAAUCAUUGAGCCAUCAUCCACCAAGAUACCCGCACAGCAGCCAUGCCUUCUAGUGAUCAACAUAAUGAUACCAUCGCCCAAGCUUUCAGGGAUAUUACAAGGUAUGCGUGCAAGACAAUCAACCCUUGUCCUCACCUAACAGGAUGGUCCCAGUGGCGAAAUGACAGCUCUGGCGCUGGAAAAUCAUUUGGACAACCUGGAAGAAAAGAUAGAGGAGUUACUGAACGCUUUUGAAAAGCACCCAGAAAUUGAGCAGACGAAUGGGCAAU